GAGUUUUUAUUGCAUUUGGACACAUAUUUUUUGUAUUUUUGCCGACUUUCCCACUUGUUUCUGUGCGCUUGCCAUAAAGUCUGUAAAAGUAGCGCACUUAAAAUUUUAGAGCGGCUGGCGUGACCACGCGAAAUCGAGAGACGGCUGACGUGACUGCGGUAAUUUUACUUUCACUUUAAUCAGCAGAUAUUUUCUUUCUGCUCUCACUACUGAAAGUGUUGCUGAACUCGGUUUCGGCGAAAGUCUCACACGGUCUUUGAUUUUGGUCAUUUUUCUCCUCGUCUGAAGUGGAUAGAUCUAUCUCUCUUCAAGGAUUUGAAGAACAUUGAUUACUCGGACUUUAAAGGAUUUAGUGCAUCACAUACUACCACACUGAAGGUCACAAGGUCAAGAUGGAGAAUUCAGGCCAAGAGUCAGCUAAUGGCAACAGCAACCAGGCGGCCGCCACCGCUCAGAGCGCCGUAGAGUCUCGCCGUCUCAGCAUCCAGCGUUGCAUCCGGUCCCUGGUCCACGCGUGCCAGUGCCGAAACGCCAGCUGCUCCCUGCCGUCCUGUCAGAAGAUGAAACGGGUCGUUCAGCACACCAAAGGAUGCAAGAGGAAAACAAACGGAGGCUGCCCCAUCUGCAAGCAGCUCAUUGCCCUGUGUUGCUACCAUGCGAAACACUGUGAGGAGAACAGGUGUCCGGUCCCGUUCUGUCUGAACAUCAAGCACAAGCUUCACCAGCAGCAGCUGCAGCAGAGGCUGCAGCAGGCUGAGAGACAAAGACGGAUGAAGAUUCUCAACAGAGGGUAAUGAAGCCAGGUGCAGAUGGGCAGACGAAGACAUCCACCUGAACACUGACUCAGCUUCCCGGUGGAGGGCGCUCUCCCUCUCGCUCAGAGUCAGAUAAUACAUGUCGGAAAUCUGAGGCAUGUAAGAACUGAAGCAAAUCAGUUCUCUUUGCUUUUUUGUUUUUCAAACAUUUGAGUUAUAACCUGUAAUCCUUGGAGUGAAUAAAAAUCCCCUGAUAAU